ACCUCUGCACUAGAGAAUCCAAUCUGACACUGCUCUCUUGGUUUGCUUGUUUCAGGUUGAAAGAUUGAAUUUGAUGGCAACUUUACUGUAUCUCAUCGGUGGACAAGGUGGAGGUUCAUUUGAACUCACUGGGAGGGAAAAUGGUGCCACCCUCAAGAAGAUUGGAGUGGCAGUGGGCGGCUGGCAGAUCAAAGCUGUGCGGGCAGAGCUGACCGACGGGCGUGUGAAGACCUUUGGAGAUGCAAACACUUUCAUUGAGUUUGAGUUCAGCCUUGGUAAGCGCAUCACCAAGCUUUCCCUGUGGGGGAACGGUGCCGGCACGCGUCUGGGUGGCAUCAGGUUCUGGACCAGUACGGGCCGGGAGUUCUUUGAGCAUAUGAAUGACUGGUCCCUGAAGACUGAGUACUCCAUCGACGUGGGGUCUGGGGUAAAAAAAGAAUAUAUAAAAUCGGUGUCUUAUCACAACAACACCACUGAGCCUCAAGAACAGACCGUUCAGUACAGCAGGACCGUGACCAAGUCUUCCUCCUGGACCACCACCAAUAAGAUUGAGUCCACCCUCAGUGUGUCUGUUCAAGCAGGGAUCCCAGAUCUGGUGGAGGUGUCUGGUGGGUGGAGCUUGACCAUGGGACAACAGCAGUCCUCCUCAAUGUCCAAUGAGGAGGACCAUAACAGAAGCAGAUACCGCCACUGUGAAAAUCCCUCCAGGGAAGACCGUGUCUGUUGA